GAGGAGGGUAGUGGAGGAAAGGCAUGGAGGGGAGAGGAGGCGGGGAGGGGAGGAUUGGUGUGGAGUGAAGCCGAGGCAUGGAAGGGAAUGUGGAGGUGUAGUGGAGCGGGAGCAUGGCAAAGAAAGGAGACAUGUGGCCCCUCCUAUGUCAGAUAGUGCGGACUCAGAUGUGCAGCAGAACAAGCGAACCAAGAGACAGAAAUCAAGGGGACCCAUAUAUACCAAAGAGGAGAAUGCUGCAUUGGUUGCUGCAGUAUCAAAAGAAAAAGUGACACUCUUCUGCCAAUCCGUGCCAGCAUCUGAGAAGUCAGCAGCCUGGGAACGAGUCCGGGACUCCGUGAAUGCGGUCUCCAAGUUUCACAGGCCCACCAAUGGCGUCAGACACAGGUUCUAUGAUUGUCGGGCAACGGUUACAAAGAAGAUGCAGAGGCUUCGACUAGGACAAAACCGAGGAAAGCCUAUCAAGUUGCGAGAGUGGGAGGCGGAGCUAAGAGAUGUCCUUCUGGCAGAGGAUGUCCCUGGAUUCAGCAGCAGGGGUCAAAAUCAUAGAGCUGGUGAUCAAGAAACAUCAUCCUUGGAAGGAUCAGCUCCAACUCCAAGUACAUCCUAUCAACAACAUUCUGGUGAAAGCUGCAUUCAAGACCCUCCAGCAUCGGCUUCUGGCAGGACCAUUGCUCCUCCUCAGGAUCAGCAAUACCACCCUGAGAGGAGAGUACAGUGCAGCCCGCACUCUCCUGUUCUUCUUUUGGAGAGGCUGGAGAUUCAGCCAGAGAUUACCCCUAUCAUUCCCCAGACUCCUGAUUUCUCCCCCGGCCCAGAGGAGGAGCACAGAGGACAAGGUUCAUUCAUUCAGCCACCCCAUGCCCUGAUGCCACCUACUGCUGUACCGCCUUUCCCAACUGUGCAGGAGAUCAUUCUGAGGGAGCUUAUAGAAUUAAGGUGUGACAACCGAAAACUACAACGAAAGGUCAAAAGGCUUACCCGGCUUACCCAUCAGUUGAGCAGGCAGCAAACUGAGAGUUUUGAAAUAAUUUUGGCCCGGGCAAGCCAACAACACAAUUAGGCAUUGGACAGAGUAUAUUUUGUUUACUUGAAGAUAUUUCCAGACACAAUGCUCCAAUGCCUGGGAGCUACGAUGAACAUAUAACCAACAAAGACGUUUUGAAAAAUGAAGGCUAGACCUUCCUCUGCCCAUCUCAUCGCAAAUUAUUAUGCAGAAUCGAUCUUUUUACUGUUCCUUGAUUUUGGUAGAAACGUUUUCUUAUGCUGCCAAGUUACACCUACCCAGCAUGUGUGUUUGUAAUUUCUAUGAAAAUAUUUUUUUUUUUGUGAAUAUAAAACUAUUUUUGGUCUAA